AUGGCAGCUCCUGCCGAGCAGACUACCCAACAAGGGGCCCAGCCCGUUACUGUCGCGCUCCCGUCGGAUUGGACUGUCAACGAAAGGCAAAUGUGUGACCUUGAGAUGAUAAUUAAUGGAGCCUUUGCUCCGCUUCAGGGCUUCAUGUGCAUAUCCGAUUACCAAAGCGUUUUAGACAAAAUGACCCUGUCCAACGGCGAGGUUUUCUCCCUACCAGUUGUGCUGGCAAUUCCAAAGUCCUGCUGUGGUGAAACCACAGCAACUAACGUAUACUGGAUGAACUCUUCGCCCACAUUCGGCAAACAACAUGGCCGUAUGAUGCUACGUGAUGCCGUUGGAACUGUAAUCGCCCACCUAGAGGUUGAGAGCGUCUACCUCCCAGACCUGGAAGAGGAAAUGCAGAAAGUGCUCGGGACCACUGACUCCAACCAUCCUUAUGUAAAAUACUUGCUUGAUAAUCACAAAGACUGUUACUAUGUGGGUGGCAAGGUUACUCCAGUGAACCCCAUUACGCAUUUCAACUUUGAGCAGUACCGUAUAUCUCCAGCCGUUUGCAAGGAGAUGAUAACAGAGAAGAAAUACGACGUUGUAGUGGGAUUUCAAACGCGCAAUCCGCUACACAAGUGUCAUUACGAGCUGAUUAAGCAUGCUCUACAACGGGCAGCUAACGACGAGAAGAAAAGGCCAAUGCUGCUGCUGAGUCCUGUUGUUGGCCCAACCCAGCCAGGUGAUGUGCCGUACUACCUUAGAGCGCGGUGCUAUGAGCACAUCAUCCAUCAUUUCUUGCAGGAUGAGGACUGCAAAUUUACACACCUUUGUCCGACAACAACAACCACCCCUGACCGAAGCCCUACUAACAGCCAGCAGGGGCACAGUGUGGACUGGGCACGCAGCAGCAACAAUUCAAGCAAUGCAAUACUUGUGCUCAUUCCUUUGGCCAUGAGGAUGGCUGGCCCAAGGGAAUGCGUCUUGCACGCACGCAUCCGCAAGAAUUACGGCUGUACUCAUUUCAUAGUUGGACGAGACCACGCAGGACCCUCAACAAGAAAGAAAGACGGGACACCCUUCUAUGGCCCGUAUGAAGCACAUACGCUUCUCGCGUCGGUCUCUGAGAAGCUCGGUAUCACCCCCAUCUUCGGUGAGGAGAUGAUUCACGUUGGGGAGAAGCACGGGGGAUAUAUCCCUGCCGGGAAGCUUGAAGAAAUCCGAAAGACUCACCCCAACGUAACAGUUAACACCAUCUCUGGCACUCAGUUCCGCAAGCUUUUGGUCUCGCGGGCCCCCAUUCCAGAGUGGUUUUCCUUUUCUGACGUUAUCGGGGAGCUACAGCAGUUCUACAAACAAAAUCACGAACGGGGGCUUUGCGUAUACUUCACAGGUCUUCCCUGCUCAGGCAAGAGCACUCUGGCAAACGCCCUGGAGGCCACUAUUCUCGAGAACCGCAACGAGAAGAGAAAAGUGACCCUCUUGGAUGCCGAUGUUGUUCGCCAGCACCUUUCAAAGGGCCUUGGAUUCAGUCGCGAAGAUCGCAGGCAAGGUUUUGUAGUCACGAAUGUCCGCCGUAUUGGAUACAUUGCUAGUGAAAUCACAAAACAUGGCGGCAUUUGCAUUGUGGCUAACAUCGCUCCGUACACCUGCGAUCGCGAGUUCAAUCGCAAGCUUAUCGAGCAAGAAGGCGGUGUUUACGUUGAAGUGUACGUGUGCACGCCUUUAUCGGUGUGCGAGGAGCGCGACAUAAAACAUUUGUACAAGAAGGCGCGUCAGGGCAUUAUCAAGCAGUUCACGGGGGUUUCAGACCCGUACGAGGCACCUGAACGCGCCGAGCUGACAAUUGACUCCAGUUCUGACGUUAAGGCGAAGGCUGCACAAGUCCAUCAGUAUCUCAAGGACCAGGGAUACAUCUUGUCAGCACAUCCGAUAUCCAAAAGCUGUUAA